AUGGGGCGCGCGCGCAAGACGAAGAAGGCGGUCCCGCCGCUAUCAAAGAACACGCUUCGGGCGCUGCACAUAAUUAUGGCCAUCGGCUUCAUCAGUGUACUGCCGCAAAUCCUGACGACCAUAAUGACAACCUGGAGGGAAGCAGAACCGAUUGAGUAUAAAUACAUGUUUAGAGGGAGCGAGCACUCGCUGUACGUAGAUUAUACUUACUACGGAUUGUACAAAGUGAUUUAUGACGACAAGCAUGUGGAGACAUGGACUCAGAGGGUACAGAAUAUGCGAAGCAAAGGGAGUGAAGGAAUUCAGGUCGGGCGGAACAGCGAGUCGGCUGGAAGUUUAUCCCUGUGGACAUCAGCAUGUCAGGAGGCAUGUCGAGACGCCAUUAUCAGACGUAUAGAAGCCUACGAGAGGAUCUCUUUCAUUUCGUUGAUUCUCCUGUGUGGCAUCGUUUUGUCUUGUACUCUGAUCAUUCUUUGCAUUGGAUGGAAUAUACUUUUCUCCAAAAGUAUUCUCAUUUCGAUGGCUUGUUUCAUGUUAUCUUUUAUAAUUAACGGAGGUAUAGGGACCUACUGGUAUUACGAGACAGACCUCUCUUGGAAUCUAGUGACUAAAGCUCAACAGUAUCCUUUCCCCAAAUGCUCGUACUGCUUUUAUAUCUUUAUGAUUACCACGGGGGUGUACGGUUUAUGUUUUGUUUUUCUCCUUAUGCUGGAUUUGUUCAAUAAAAACUCACAAAAGAAGUCCCACUUGGAUCAAAUGACUCUACAGAACAAGAACGCCAUGAACGCCAAGAAUCUGUACCAACCGCUAUUCGAUGGGCAAGCCAAUAUGAUGAUGUCUAGGAGUGCCAGCUAUACUAAUCUUAUGCCUUUCGGGAAAGGCUCCGAGAUGGGUGCCCCCAUGGGCACCGGAGUCAUGGGGGGACCCCCGGUCCCUAAUUUUUUACAAUUUAAUAAAACGAAUUUAAACCAAUACGGAGGGAUAAAUCAUAAUGGCUUCCCUGGGUUUAGAAACAUGCCUCCUGGUAUGGGUAUGCCGAUGCCCCCUGGGAUGGCUUCAGGUAUGACUCGAGGUAUGCCUCCAGGGAUGAUGCCUGGGAUGAGUCCACCCAUGCAGAAUAAUUUGAAUCCAAACUUUUUCCCGCAAAUGUCAAGGCAGUACUCCUAUUCCGGCUCGCCAUCAUUCCAACAGAGCCCCCCUAACUUCGCUGGGUUACAAGGCCAGAACAUGCCGAACAUGCCUUCCGGGAUGUUUUCCCCGCGCCAGUAUUCCGGCGUAGAUUACGACAAUAUAAACAAUCCCUUCAGUGUGAAGAAGCCCUUUAAGUUCUGA